GUCCUACUCUAUUGUGACUGCGAUAGGGAUAGUGUUACUGCUUCACUCCUCUGUUCCACCAAACUAUACAACGUACACAGGAAGAAAAAAGAGGUUCAAUGGGUAAUUAUAAAUCAAGACCAACUCAGACAUGUACAGGUAAUGGCUUGUUCUCUUUCAGUGUUUUGUGCUGCCUGAGAGUAUAUGUCGGGGUCUAAAUAUGUACUAUAGAAGCCUAUUAAGAAGCUUCGCUUUGGAAAAUGUAUGUCCAAUAGGGUGGGAGUAACUUUUGCUGCCAUUUUCCCACUUCCUUUGGUAUUUAAACUAGGAUAUAGAGAAGUUACAUUAUUUAACAUUGGAAAAUACAAGUGAUGGGAAAUGCAGUCUGUAGAUGUACUAAAUCCAUUUCAGUGUGUAACCUAUGGAAAGCGUUUCAGCUUUUUAAAAUUACAGUACCUCAGUCGCAAUCAGGCUAAUAACUCAGUAAAUGAUGCUAUACCUAUGCUAACAGUAUCUUGCCUAACUCCCUUUCUGAAGAUGAGUGGAAGAAGAAGGUGAGCGAGUCGUACUCCGUGAUCAUCGAGAGGCUGGAGGAUGACCUACGCAUCAAAGACAGCGAGCUGAUAGACCUCAAACAGGUCUUCAGGUAACAGAGGCUCUCUGUGAUAAAAGCCAUACAUUUAUUCCCUAUUCAUUCUUCCAUGUGUCAUGUUGUAAUGUCAUAAGGUGACACAAAAUGUUAUGAUAGUGACUUCAGGUAACAGUAGCUCUCUGUGGUUAAAGUGAUGCAUUCAUCCCUGUUCAGUCUUUCACAUGUCAUGAUAUAACAUCAUGUCAUGAUAUAACAUCACAGAAAUGUUAUGAUAGUGACUCAUGCCCAGUCUCCAUAUAGUUCUAGACAUUGUCCAAAUGUCUUCUGGGUCGAUUAUUACUGUUGCUAUAUGUUAUAUUAAAUGGAUUAUAUGUUUUACAUCAGUGUCCUAAUUAUGGUGUAAAGGAAGGACAGUGUAAUAGCUAUUGUAAUUACACAUUUGUACGCUGGACUUACAUCAGUAUGUUGUAUUUGGAUGGCUCAGCUCUGAUGAAGCUUUCCAGAAAGUGAACUUGAAUUACCGGACAGAGAGCGGGCUGUCCCUGUUGCAUCUCUGCUGCAUGUGUGACGGUAUGUACGAUUAUUACUAUUAAUAACCUCUUACCAAAACAUUAAAGUGUUACAUUUGCUGCUGCACUCUUGGCUUGACGCCCAUGAGCUCAUUAGCUUUGAUUGUGCUCCAUUGUUUUGUUAGCCUGGUCCCAGAUCUGUUUAUGCUGUCUAACCAGCAAUAUAAACUGGGUGGUUCAAGCCCUGAGUGCUGAUUGGCUGAAAGCCGUGGUAUAUGAGACCGUAUACCACGGGUAUGACAAAACAUUUAUUUUUACUGUUCUAAUUCCGUUAGUAACCAGCUUAUAAUAGCAAUAAGGCACCUCACGGUUUGUGGGAUAUGGCCACUAUACCACGGCUAAGGGCUGUGUCCAGGCACUCCACGUUGCGUCAUGCAGAGUGGUAUAUUGGCCAUAUACCACACCCCCUCGGGCCUUAUUGCUUAAAUAUAGAUCUAGGAACAGAGACAAUAUACCACAGACAGAUCUGAUGCCAGGCUAGUAUAUGGUUUUCUCCAGGGAAUAAAGUCCACAUACGGACUCUGAUGUUGAAAGGCCUACGUCCAUCCAGGCUUACCAGGAAUGGGUUCACUGCUCUACACCUGGCUGUCUAUAAGGUGAGAGAAUGGUUAGACACCUGUUCCCUUCAUAAAUAUAUAUAUAUUUUUUUUAUGCGCACACAAAAAUGAGGAAAGAGAUGGAAAAUGCAUUCAUUUGAAGACAGUGUUAUUGAUAUAGUUACAAAGAUAUGUCUGUAGUGAGUAGGUUACUGUUUAUGAUGUGUGAUUAUAUUGGGAUUUGCUGAACGUUAUAAGAAUGUUGCUGUGGAUUGGCCUUUAUUGUUAAAUGAAUUGGAGACAUUCCAUGGUUUUACCACAUGGUGGAGCGCAAGUCACAUCACAAUGCACACAUUGUUCUAUGAACAGUGUGAUAUGUUCUGUUUUGCUCUCAUGCUAAGGACUAGAGACAGUUCAUCUAGUCCUGAGGCACACAGGAUCAGUAUUACAGAUGUGUCUAUUUUGAGGUCUCGGCUUAAUCAAGGUGCUGAUGACUUGGGGUGAACGUCAUCUGUAUUUCCCUGAUUCCUUACCUCCUCAAAAUGCCUGAAGAGAAGGUCAGACGGGAGGAAGCUUAUCUUCCCCAGUGUGUUUUGAGAGAGGACACAAGGAAUAAAGGAAUACAAUUCUCCUCAAGUGUUAAAGUGAAAACAAACCUACGUGAUUGACAGUAGUUGUGUGUCCUUCCAGGACAAUGCUGAGCUGGUGACGGCAAUGCUCCACGGAGGGGCAGACAUCCAGCAAGUUGGGUACGGUGCCCUCACCGCCCUGCAUAUCGCCACCAUCGCUGGGCACCAUGAGGUGGGCACUGCCUCUGUUUUUUUUUGGGUUUAAAAAUAAAUAAAUCCUCACUGCCCCUGUUUAUACCAGUCUCAGACAUUACCUCACAUUCUGUACAGUACUAUUCAUAUUUAUGAAUCGUUCUGCUGGCGUCAGCAACAAUGGGUGUUCCAACAAGAGAUUUAGUGAUGUGAUUAUAUGAUAAUAAUAUGUCCUGUAAUAUAGCCUACAUGUUGUCAUUCUUAGGCAGUGGAUAUCCUUCUCCAGCACGGAGCCUAUGUCAACGUCCAGGAUGCUGUGUUCUUUACUCCUCUGCACAUUGCUGCUUACUAUGGCCAUGACCAGGUAAUGGUUUAAAAGUUUUGUCCUAAUAUAACAGUGUAGGUAGCUUCAUCCAAGAUAUCCCUCUUUACCUUCUGCCAAGCAGGGGAUGUGUUGAAAUCUGUUCAUCCCUUUUUCUUGUCACCAGAGAUCUAGUCUGCGUCCCAAAUGGCUUCCUAUUGCUUUCAUAGUGCACUAGUUUUGGACCAGAGCUCUAUGGGCUAUAGGGAAUAGAGUGCUGUUUGGGACCUAGCCGUACAGUGUCUAUUACAGUAACCCCCCAGGCCCAGUUCCACUUCCAUGUCAAGUCUGUCUCGUCUGGGUCUCUCCAAGCUCUGCUCCCAUCACGUGACAAAAACAACGAGUUGCCUCUGCUCUGUUAGUAGAGGAACGCGCACUAAUGCCCCGGACCAGAGCUAGGUCUCUCCAUCUCCCACAAUCUUGAUGUAGAUUGAAUACAUGGAUGUCCCCCACCACUCUACACCACUCUCUCACUUGAGUAUCUUACCUAGUUAUUCUCUGAUGAUAUCAUUUUGCUCUUUUGUAGCUUUGGCAACUAUGUGUGUGUUUUCUCUCCCAGUUCGCUCCUCUCCCUGUAGGUUUUACAGAUGCUCACCAGCCCGUGUAUGCAAACCUUCUAAUUUUGUGUACCCUGCGUGCACAACCAAUGUGGAAUUCCUAGUCUCCAGCAGCGUUUGGAACUGCCAAUCUGCAGUCAAUAAGGAUGAGUUAAUCUUUAUAUUUGAGAUUUGAGAUUCUUCAAAGUAGCCACCCUUUGCAUUGAUGACAGCUUUGCACACUCCUGUCAUUCUCUCAACCAGCUUCAUGAGGUAGUCACCUGGAAUGCAUUUCAAUUAAUAGGUGUGCCUUGUUAAAAGUUAAUUUGUGAAUUUCUUUCCUUCCAAAUGCGUUUGAGCCAAUCAGUUGUGUUGUGAUAAGGUAGGGGUGGUAUACAGAAGAUAGCCCUAUUUGGAAAAAGACCAAGUCCAUAUUAUGGCAAGAACAGCUCAAGUAAGCAAAGAGAAACGACAGUCCAUCAUUACUUUAAGACAUGAAUAUCAGUCAAUAUGUAACAUUUCAAGAACUUUUAAAGUUUCUUCAAGUGCAGUCGCAAAAACCAUCAAGCGCUAUGAUGAAACUGGCUCUCAUGAGGACCGCCACAGGAAUGGAAGACCCAGAGUUACCUCUACUGCAGAGGAUAAGUUAAUUAGAGUUAACUGCAUCUCAGAUUGCAGCCCAAAUAUAUGCUUCACAGAGUUCAAGUAACAGACACAUCUCAACAUCAACUCUUCAGAGGAGACUGUGUGAAUCAGGCCUUCAUGGUCAAGAAACACGAGCAAUGGACAUUAGACCGGUGGAAAUGUGUCCUUUGGUCUGGAGUCCAAAUUGGAGAUCUUUGGUUCCAACCACCGUGUCUUUGUGAGACGCGGUGUGGGUGAACGGAUGAUGUCCGCAUGUGUAUUUCCCACCGUAAAGCAUGGAGGAGGAGGUGUUAUGGUGUGGGGGUGCUUUGCUGGUGACACUGAUUUAUUUAGAAUUCAAGGCACACUUAACCAACAUGGCUACCACAGCAUUCUGCAGCGAUUUGCCAUCCCAUCUGGUUUGGGCUUAGUGGGACUAUCAUUUGUUUUUCAACAGGACAAUGACCCAACACACCUCCAGGCUGUGUAAGGGCUAUUUUACCAAGAAGGAGAGUGAUGGAGUGCUGCAUCAGAUGACCUGGCCUCCACAAUCCCCUGACCUCAAACAAAUUGAGAUGGUUUGUGAUGAGGACCGCAGAGUGAAGGAAAAGCAGCCAACAAGUGCUCAGCAUAUGUGGGAACCCCUUCAAGACUGUUGGAAAAGCAUUCCAGGUGAAGCUGGUUGAGAGAACGCUAAGAAUGUGCAAAGCUGUCAUCAAGGCUAAGGGUGGCUAUUUGAAGAAUCUCAAAUAAAAAAUAUAUUUUGAUUUGUUUAACACUUUUUUGGUUACUACAUGAUUCCACGUGUUAUUUCAUUGUUUUGAUGUCUUCACUAUUAUUCUACAAUGUCGAAAAUAGUAAAAAUAAAGAAAAACCCUUGAAUGAGUAGGUGUUCUAAACCUUAUGACCGGUAGUGUAUCUACCCCUUCAGUCCCUACAAUUUUUGGCCCUGACAGAAACAUGGAUUACACCAGAGAACACUGCUACUCCAGCUGCUCUCUCGUCCUCUGACUAUUUGUUCUCUCAUUGUCCAAGAGCAUCUGGUCGUUGCGGUGGUGGCACAAGGCUACUAAUUUCUCCUAAGUGGAUAUUUUCUAUUUUCCCACUCUCUCACCUGUCUAUCUCCUCACUCCAAUUCAAUGCAGUCACUGUCACUUGUCCAAUCAAGUUUAACAUUGUUGUCAUAUAUCCCCCACCAGGUGCUGUUGGAGAGUUCCUCAAUGAGCUUGACACCUUGAUAAGCUAAUUUCCCAACCAUGGCUUACCACUCAUUGUACUGGACGACUUUAACCCUGACUUCAAUUAAUUUCUUUCCCCCUCUUUCUUUCCACUCCUUUCCUCUUUUGAUCUCAGCCUUUCCCAGUCAUCUCCCAUUCACAAGACAGACAGACUAAUCUCACUGCAACCCCCCUACAGGUUUCUGAUCACUACUUUGUUUCCUUCUCUCUCCCUCUCUCCUCCAACACUACCCACUCAGCCCCUACCCAGAUGGUCAUGCGCCACUGCAAUCUUCACUCUCUCUCUCCCACUACUAUCUCCUCUUCUAUCAUAUCCUCUCUCCCUUCUGCUAAAUCCUUCUCCCUCCUGUCUCCUGACUCUGCCUCUUCGACCCUACUCUCCUCUCUUUCCGCCUCCUUUGAUUCCCACUGUCCACUUUCCUUCCCCUCCCACUCCGCAGCUGAGUGACUCACUGCGUGCUAACAGAACAGGGCUGCGGGCAGCUGAGCGGAAACGACCUAUCAUCCACUCCCUUCACUCUACCGUCUCUUCCUCUGUAUCCACUGUUAAAGACACUUUCUAUCACUCUAAAUUUCAAGCUUCUACCUCCAACCCUGGGAAACUCGUCUCCACUUUCUCCUCCAUCCUUAUUCGACAUCCGCUUCUCAUUCACUCAGCCUAUUGAGUCCACUGGUCCCACUCAGACAGAACUACCCUACACCUUGACCUCUUUCUACCCUCUCUCUCCAGAUAAAAUCUUGCGACUAGGGAUGACUGGCCGCCCAAAAACCUGCCCACUUGACCCCAUCUCAUCCUCCCUUCUCCAGACCAUCUCUGGAGGCCUUUCUUCCAUUCCUCACUUCCCUCAUCAACUCAUCCCUUUCCACUGGCUGUGUCCCCUCUGAUUUCAAGAUGGCCAGAGUCGCUCCCCUCCUCAAGAAACCAACAGUCGAUUAAUCUGACGUCAAAAGAUACAGACCUCUAUCUCUUCUCUCUUUUCUUUCGAAAACACUUGAGCGUUCUGUCUCUGACCAACUCUCUUGUUAUCUCUCUCAGAACCAUCUUCAAAACCCUAACCAGUCGGGCUUCAACGUGUUUCACUCAACUGAGACUACUCUCCUCUGUGUCACAGAGGCUCUCCACUCUGCCAUAGCUGACUCUCUCUCUUCUGUUCUCAACCUCCAGGUAGCCUUGCAGUUAAAAGCAUUAAACGAAAAGUUCACUGGUUUGAAUCCCCGAGCCGGCAAGGCAGUUAACCCCCAAGAACAACUGCUCCCUGGGUGCUGAUGACGUGGACGUUCGAUUCAGGCAGCCCGCCACACCUCUCUGAUUCAGAGGAGUUGGGUUAAAAGCAGAAGACACAUUUCGGUUGAAUGCAUUCAGUUGUGCAACUGACUUUCCCUUCCCUUACCUACCCACUGCCUUCGAGACCGUGAACCAUCAGAUACUCCUCUACCACCCUCUCAGGGUUGGACAACCUCUGCACAUUCCUGGAUUGCAUCCUGCCUGGCAGGCCACACCUACCAGGUGGCGUGGAGAGGAUCUGUGUCUGCACCACGUGCUCUCACUACUGGUGUCCCCCAGGGCUCGCUUCUAGGCCCUCUCCUCUUUUCUCUUUACAAGUCACUCGGCUCUGUCAUAUCCUCACAUGGGCUCUCCUAUCAACUACUCUUCUCCUUCCCCUGACACCCAGAUGGCGACACACAUCUUUGCGUGCCUGGCAGACAUCUCAGCUUGGAUGGUGGCCCACCACCUCAAGCUCAACCUCGACAAAACGGAGCUGCGCUUCCUCCCGGGGAAGGCCUGCUCGCUCCAAGACCUCUCCAUCACGGUUGACAACUCCAUGCUGUCCCCCCUCCAGAGUGCAAAUAACCUUGGUGUGACCCUGGACAACACCCUGUCGUUCUCUGCAAACAUCAAAGCAGUGACUAGCUCCUGCAGGUUAAAUCUCUACAACAUUGUAGAGAACAACCUUUCCUCACACAGGAAGUGGCGCAGGUCCUAAUCCAGGAACUUGUCAUCUCCCGUCUAGACUACUGCAACUCUCUGUUCGCUGGGCUCCUCGCUUGUGCCAUCAAAUCCCUUCAACUUAUCCAGAAUGCUGCAGCCCGCCUGGUGUUCAACCUUCCUAAGGAUGAGUAAGAUGGCUCCGACAGACAUGGCAGCUCUGCUUCUAGCUCCUAAGCAACUUUGCAGUCACAAGCGUUUCACUAUACCCGCAAUAACAUCUGCUAAAUAUGUGUAUGUGACCAAUACAAUUUGAGUUCUCCCAUGUCACCCCGCUCUUCCGCACACUCCACUGGCUUCCAGUCGAACCUCGCAUCAUCUUCAAGACCCUUGUGCUUGCCUACGGAGCAGCAAGAGGAACUGCCCCUCCUUACCUUCAGGCUAUGCUCAAACCCUGCAUCCCAACCCGCACACUCCGUUCCGCCACCUCUGGUCUCUUGGUCCUCCCACCCCUAUGGGAAGGCAGCUCCCGCUCAGCCCAGUCAAAGCUGAUCUCUGUCCUGGUACCCCAAUGGUGGAACAAGCUUCUCCCUAAAGUCAUGACGUCGGAGUUCCUGCCCAUCGUCCCAAAAUGUCUGAAACCCUACCUCUUUGCAGAGUAUCUUACAUAACUCUCUAGGCUCACUCGACACCCCCCUCCCCUCCCAAAUUGUGAUGUACGAUUGUGAUGUGUUGUUUUCUCACCUAGCUAUCUUAAGAUGAAUGCACUAAUUGUAAGUCGCUCUGGAUAAGAGCGUCUGCUAAAUGUCUAAAAUGUAAAUGUGAAUCUCUCAGGUGGCUAAACUGUUGUUGAAGUUUGGGGCGGAUGUAAAUGUGAGCGGGGAGGUGGGAGACAGACCGUUACACCUGGCAGCCGCCAAGGGCUUCCUCAGCGUCGUCAAACUGCUGCUGGCAGAGGGGAGCAAGACUGAAGGUGAGAGUCAAUUGCAGUAGGUCUGGGAGCUACAUGGUACAUGCUUGAGUUUCACUGUGUCUGUAAACAUGCUCUCAAUACAGACAUUGUCAAAAAAUACAAUCCUCGGUUCAGGUGAUAUACUGUUUAUCUUGAUGGGACGUGCGCUUGAGUGGGGAACAUUAAGAUGUAACUGCAAAGUGGACCUGAUGUUCAUUAUGGUCUACCGGUACUUACCAUCAUGUUUAUCUACAAGUCACACAAUGACAUCACAUAAUGGAUUCAGCCAAGUCUUCAAAGUUGUACAUGGUUUUAGUAAGGAAAUUACUAGCUUCUUUAAAGUUGCCCAACGAGAAAACAACUCAGUCCUUCUUCCUCCACAGUGAAUGCUCAGGACAACGAGGACCACGUCCCGCUCCACUUCUGUGCCCGUUUCGGCCACCAUGAAGUGGUCCGCUUCCUGUUGCAGGGCAACUUUGAGCUGCAGCCUCACUCCGUCAACAUCUACGGAGACACCCCUCUCCACCUGUGAGUUAACUAAUGAUACAGUACAUCAUAAUGAUAAGAACAUCUGGGGUGAAACCAUUUAGAGUACAACACGGUGGGAAUAGACAGAGAAUGAUAUCACUGGCUCAUGUGAGUACCCUCUGAGGCAUGCAGCAGUAGAUUGAACUCUACUGGGGCUGUAUGUCUCAGGUGUCUCAGAGUUGGAGUGCUAAUCUAGAAUCUGGUCCCCCCCCACUGUCAAUGUAACUGUUAUUCAUUGUGAUCUAAACUGAAAGGCAAAACUGAUCCUAAAUCAGUGCUCCUACUCUGAGACACUUGAUCACUAAGGGAUUUACAUGAUCCACACACACCAACAUAGUCGUGAAAAAGGCACGACAACGCCUCUUCACCCUCAGGAGGAAGAAAAAUGUUGGCAUGGGCCCUCAGAUCCUCAAAAAGGUCUACAGCUGCACCAUUGAGAGCACCUUGAUUGGCUGCAUCACCGCUUGGUAUGGCACCUGCUUGGCAUCCAACUGCAAGGUGCUACAGAGGGUAGUGCGUACGGCUCAGUACAUCACUGGGGCCGAGCUCCCUGCCAUCCAGGACCUCUAUACCAGGCGGUCAGAGGAAGGCCCUAAAAAUUGUCAAAGAAUCCAGCCAUCCAAGUCAUAGACUGUACUCUUUGCUACAGCACGGCAAGCAGUACCAAUGCACCAAGUCUGGAACCAACAAGACCCUGAACAUCUUCUACCCCCAAACCAUAAGACUUCUAAAUAGUUAACCAAAUAGCUACCCGGAAUAUCUGCAUUGACCCUCUUUUGCAGUAACUCUUUUGACUCAUCACAUAUACUGCUGCUACUGUUUAUUAUCUAUCUUGUUGCUUAGUCACUUUACCCCUGCCCAUAUCUACCUCAUACCCCUGCACAUCGACUCGGUACUGGUACCCCGUGUAUAUAGCAAAGUUAUCAUUACUCAUUGUGUAUUUAUUCCUUGUGUUAUAAUUUUUUCUAUAUUUUUCUCUCUGCAUUGUUGGGAAGGGCCUGUAAGUAAGCAUUUCACUGUUAGUCUACACCUGUUGUUUACAGAAAUACUAUUUUAAUUUAUUUUAUACAUAUGGUCCCUGGUCUUAUUCACUGAGACUGAUAAAAGCUACUAUAAUCUCCUUAUGUGUCUAGCUGUAUCUGCAAGUCAUUGCCCCUGUGUUCCACAGAGCCUGCUACAAUGGCAAGUUUGAGGUGGUGAAGGAGAUUGUGCAGCUGUCAGGCACAGAGAGUCUGUCCAAGGAGAAUAUAUUUAGCGAGACCGCCUUUCACAGGUAAUAACCCUAGUGUACCCCUAUGAGUUAACUUAUCUGUCUGUACUGGUCCAAGGUAACAUCAGUGUCUAACCUCUCUCCACAGUGCCUGCACCUAUGGGAAGAGUCUGGAGAUGGUCAAGUGCCUGCUCGGUCAGAAUGCCAUGAGCAUCAACCAUCAGGGUCGAGACGGACACACAGGUGGCUAUUUCUCCUCGUUACCUAAUCUAGGGCCAGGAGGUUUUCCCUGGCCAGGUUACGUGAUCAGAACAAUAUACUGACCCUAAUGAUGAAGUAUGACUGAGGCCAGGAGUUUUUGUUGACCAGAACUGAAGAGGAAAAACUCUUGGCCCUACAAAUAAUAUCUAAACCAGCCGAGAGCACUCAAUAAGGUCAAGUUCCAACUUUGUAAUCCCAGAAGGAGAUUCGUUUUGCAGCAAUAGUCAUACAUAAAAAAUGACUGACAAUUAGCAAGGACUUCAACACAAAUAAGGUCCAUAUGAAUGGGAGAAGAGCGGUUGAUCUGACUGCUUGGGCUAAUAACCUUUGAACCCUGUCACUGUCUCUGUAGGUCUGCACAGUGCAUGUUUCCACGGCCACAUACGUCUGGUCCAGUUCCUAUUGGACAGCGGGGCAGAUAUGAACCUGGUGGCCUGUGACCCCAGCCGGUCCAGUGGGGAGAAGGAGGAGCAAACCUGCCUCAUGUGGGCCUAUGAGAAAGGUUAGUCAGUGAUGGACAGAUCGGUCUGUCCAAUGAGAGGCCAAGGACAAACCUGUAUCUCAGAAAAGCUAGCUUUUGUAGCAACACGAAAUAGAGCUGAAAACAUUAAGAUUAUGACAUUUGUACGAUCUCUUUUUCACAGAUGAUUGACUUUGCUUGAAUUGUGAGGAGAUGUUUUGUCACUUUCAGAGUUGUGGCGGUGGUGUUGCUAGGAAACCUUGAUAGUACAGUACUCUGAGUAACUGUUUGUAAUUAAGUGUAGUCUGGCUGUUUAGUCUCCCACACUGUCACCCUACCCCUGUCUCAGUAGAAUAAAUAGUGAAGAGUUUGAGUAUUAGUAGUGACUGUAGUACUACCCAGCAGAGGUAGUAGUAGUAGAAGUAGUAGUGACUGUUGUAGUAGUGACUGUAGUACUACCCAGCAGUAGUAGUAGUAGUAGAAGUAGUAGUGACUGUUGUAGUAGUGACUGUAGUACUACCCAGCAGAGGUAGUAGUAGUAGAAGUAGUAGUGACUGUUGUAGUAGUAGUGACUGUAGUAGUAGUGACUGUAGUACUACCCAGCAGAGGUAGUAGUAGUAGUAGUACUCAGAUUCAGAUCAACUUUAUUAUCCCACCAGGGGAAAAUUCAUUUGGUCAUGUGCUUAAAAGGAUGGUACAAAAAACAUGAACACACAGAAACUACACAAUAUAAUUCAUUAAAAGUGCUAUAACUACACAUUUAAAGUGAAAGUGCAAUAUGCUGUAUACUCGAGGGACCAACAGACUAUCGAUUAUACAGCCUAAUGGCUGUUAGAAUAAAAGAGUCCCCAUAUCUAUAUUUUUUAUUUUUAUUUUGAAGAAGUCUCUUUCCCCUUGUCCGGCUGCUGCUGUGACUGAGUUUUGAGUGAAGGGGAUGAGUACUGUCCUGUAAAAUACUUUCAAGUUUUAGGAGGAUGAGUUUUGUGUGCAGGUUGGUGGCUGAUUCUUGAUCUAUACCAAUUAGCCUUCCCGCCGUCUUGAUCAAGCUCUGAAGUUUGACUUGGUCUUGCACUCGCAUGUUUCCAAACACACAUAUCAGACCAAAGGACAGCGCACUCUGCAGGACAGAUUUAUAGAACAUUUGUAAGAUAUGGCGGUCAACAUUAAAAUGGUUCAGUUUGCGUUAAAAAUUGCAAUUUUUUUAUCUUUGCAAAGGCACAGUCAUUGCAUUUCAGUUUAUUGUCUAUUUCGAUUCCCAGGUAUUUAUAUGUGGUCACUCUAUCAACUGAUUCCCCAUUGAUCUUCGUAGGGGGUUGUGAGUUUUGUUCCUUCUGAAAUCAAUUUCCAUCUCUUUUGUUUUCUUAACGUUUAUUUCAAGAAAGUUAUCUGCGCGCAACUGGAUGAAUUUUUGCCGUUUCUCUGUCAAAACCUUGAAGAGAGGCUUGGUCUGGGUGUCAUCUGCAUAUUUAAAUAAUUUGGGGCUGAGUUAGAGGCUUGCCAAUAAUUUGUGUACAGUGUGUCCAGUAUCGGUGAAAGUACGUAACCUUGAGGGGCUCCCGUAUUCACCGUUCUAGAUGUAGAGAUGGCAGAGUUAAACUUCACUUGUUGAGUACGCUUCACAGUAUUCAUUGACACCAGUUUAUCCACCAGUAGGUGGGGUUGGAUGGUUUUAAACGCGCUACUGAUGUCAAUGAAAACCAUUUUCACUAGGCUAUUUGCCUUUUCUAAAUGUUUGUAGAUGUUAUUCAGCAUUACCAGUAACGCAUCAUCAACACCCCUGGAGGCACAGUAGGCUAAUUGGUUUGGAUCUUAUCGGGAGGAGAGACCAGAGAGAAAUGUUUUGUGAAUUAUUUUUUCAAAACAUUUCAUAGGUACAGAUGUCAAGGCUACAGGGCGUAAAUCGUUCAUUCUUUUGGCCUGUUGUUUUUGGGUACUUGGACAAUCAGCGACUUCCAUAAAUCUGGAAUUAUCCCACUGUCCAGUGACAGCUGGAACAGCUUCUGGAAUGGUAAUGCGAGCUGGUCUGCGCAUGCCUAAAGUACCUUGCUGCUGACGCCGUUUGGACCAUAUGAUCUCCGUGGGUUGACACGUUGAAAGGAUUGCUUGACGUCAUUCACAGAGAUCUGUAUAUCAACAGCUGGUAUGCUGUCUAUACUGUCCAAGGCCACUUUCUGCUGCGAUGUAAAAUCACACAUGUCAAACCUACAAUAUAAACUGUUAAAUCAUUAGCAAAAGCAAGGUCAUUUUCAACAGUCAUACAAUGUCUCUUUGGUUUGUAUCCUAUGAUGGUUUGUAGCCCUUGCCAGGCUUUCCUACUGGCCUUGUGAUUGAAAAGGUUUUCUAAUUUCUCUUUGUAUGCUGCCUUGCACUCCUUGAUUUUGUUUUUGAGUCGCCUCUCAAUGUUUUUCCUUUCCUCUUUACUGCCACCUGAUUUAAACACUAGUUUUUUUUUCUGGUUGAGGAGCUCUUUUAAUUCCAGAGUUACCCACAGUUUAUUAUUGGGGAAGAUGUUGACUUUCUUUUUGGGAAUAACGAGAUCCUCACAGAAACGGAUGUACUCCGAGACGGUAUCUGUUGCCUCUUCCAGGUCAUCGGAGCUGUCCGUCAGGGCCGCCCAGUCAGGGGACUCUCUUCCAGGUCAUCGGAGCUGUCCGUCAGGGCCGCCCAGUCAGGGGACUCUCUUCCAGGUCAUCGGAGCUGUCCGUCAGGGCCGCCCAGUCAGGGGACUCUCUUCCAGGUCAUCGGAGCUGUCCGUCAGGGCCGCCCAGUCAGGGGACUCUCUUCCAGGUCAUCGGAGCUGUCCGUCAGGGCCGCCCAGUCAGGGGACUCUCUUCCAGGUCAUGGGCGCUGUCCGUCAGGGCCGCCCAGUCAGGGGACUCUCUUCCAGGUCAUCGGAGCUGUCCGUCAGGGCCGCCCAGUCAGGGGACUCUCUUCCAGGUCAUGGGAGCUGUCCGUCAGGGCCGCCCAGUCAGGGGACUCUCUUCCAGGUCAUGGGAGCUGUCCGUCAGGGCCGCCCAGUCAGGGGACUCUCUUCCAGGUCGUCGGAGCUGUCCGUCAGGGCCGCCCAGUCAGGGGACUCUCUUCCAGGUCAUGGGCGCUGUCCGUCAGGGCCGCCCAGUCAGGGGACUCUCUUCCAGGUCAUAGGAGCUGUCCGUCAGGGCCGCCCAGUCAGGGGACUCUCUUCCAGGUCAUAGGAGCUGUCCGUCAGGGCCGCCCAGUCAGGGGACUCUCUUCCAGGUCAUGGGAGCUGUCCGUCAGGGCCGCCCCAGUCAGGGGACUCUCUUCCAAGGUCAUCGCGCUGUCAGUCGGGGCCCCCUUCAGGGGCUAUCUUCCAGGUCAUCGGAGAUGUCGUCAGGGCCCCAGUCAGGGACUCUCUUCACAGGUCAUCGGACGCUGUCCUGUAGGGCCGCCCAGUCAAGGGGACUCUCUUCCAGGUAAUCGGGAGCUUGGUCCGUCAGCGGCCGCCCAGUUCAGGGGACUCUCUUCCAAGGUCAUCUGGAGGCUGUCCGUCAGGGGACCGCCCAGUCAGGGGCCUUUCUCUUCCAAGGUCAUGGGAAGCUGUCCGUCAGGGCCGCCCCAGGUCAGGGGACUCUCUUCCCAGUGUCAUGGGAGCUGUCCGUCAGACGAAGGGCCGCCCAGUCAGGGGACUCUCUUCCAGGUCAUGGGGAAGCUGUCCGUCAGGCGCCGCCCAUCAGGGGACUCUCUCCAGGUCAUCGGGGAGCUGUCCGUCAGGGGCCGCCCAGUCAGGGGACUCUCUUCCAGGUCAUAGGAGCUGUCUGUCAGGGCCGCCCAGUCAGGGGACUCUCUUCCAGGUAAUCGCGAGCUGUCCGUCAGGGCCCGCCCAGUCAGGGGACUCUCUUCCAGGUCAUAGGAGCUUGUCCUGUUCAGGGCCGCCCAGUCAGGGGACUCUCUUCUUAUGUCAUCGGAGCUGUCCGUCAGGGCCGCCCAGUCAGGGGACUCUCUUCCAGGUCAUGGGCGCUGUCCGUCAGGGCCGCACACUCAGGGGACUCUCUUCCAGGUCGUCGGAGCUGUCCGUCAGGGCCGCCCAGUCAGGGGACUCUCUUCCAGGUCAUGGGAGCUGUCCGUCAGGGCCGCCCAGUCAGGGGACUCUCUUCCAGGUCAUGGGAGCUGUCCGUCAGGGCCGCCCAGUCAGGGGACUCUCUUCCAGGUCGUCGGAGCUGUCCGUCAGGGCCGCCCAGUCAGGGGACUCUCUUCCAGGUCAUGGGCGCUGUCCGUCAGGGCCGCCCAGUCAGGGGACUCUCUUCCAGGUCAUCGGAGCUGUCCGUCAGGGCCGCCCAGUCAGGGGACUCUCUUCCAGGUCAUCGGAGCUGUCCGUCAGGGCCGCCCAGUCAGGGGACUCUCUUCCAGGUCAUCGGAGCUGUCCGUCAGGGCCGCCCAGUCAGGGGACUCUCUUCCAGGUCAUCGGGAGCUGUCCGUCGGGCCGCCCAGUCAGGGGACUCUCUUCCAGGUCAUGGGAGCUGUCCCGUCGGGGCCGCCCAGUUCAGGGGACUCUCUCCAGUCAUGGAGCGUCCGUCAGGACGGCCCAGUCAGGGGACUCUCUUCCAGGUCAUCGGAGCUGUCCCGUCAGGGCCGCCCAGUCAGGGACUCUCUUCCAGGUCAUGGGAGCUGUCCGUCAGGCCCGCCCAGUCAGGGACUCUCUUCCAGGUCAUGGGAGCUGUCCGUCAGGGCCGCCCAGUCGGGGACUCUCUUCCAGGUCAUGGGAGCUGUCCGUCAGGGCCGCCCAGUCAGGGGACUCUCUCCAGGUUCAUGGGCGCUGUCCGUCAGGGCCGCCCAGUCAGGGGACUCUCUCCAGGUCUCGGAGCUGUCCGUCAGGGCCGCCCAGUCAGGGGACUCUCUUCCAGGUCAUCGGAGCUGUCCGUCAGGGCCGCCCAGUCAGGGGACUCUCUUCCAGGUCAUGGGAGCUGUCCGUCAGGGCCGCCCAGUCAGGGGACUCUCUUCCAGGUCAUCGAGCUGUCCAUCAGGGCCGCCCAGUCAGGGGACUCUCUUCCAGGUCAUGGGAGCUGUCCGUCAGGGCCGCCCAGUCAGGGGACUCUCUUCCAGGUCAUGGGAGCUGUCCGUCAGGGCCGCCCAGUCAGGGGACUCUCUUCCAGGUCAUGGGAGCUGUCCGUCAGGGCCGCCCAGUCAGGGGACUCUCCUUCCAGGUCGUCGGAGCUGUCCGUCAGGGCCGCCCAGUCAGGGGACUCUCUUCCAGGUCAUGGGCGCUGUCCGUCAGGGCCGCCCAGUCAGGGGACUCUCUUCCAGGUCAUAGGAGCUGUCCGUCAGGGCCCGCCCAGUCAGGGGACUCUCUUCCAGGUCAUGGAGCUGUCCGUCAGGGCCGCCCAGUCAGGGGACUCUCUUCCAGGUCAUGGGAGCUGUCCGUCAGGGCCGCCCAGUCAGGGGACUCUCUUCCAGGUCAUGGGAGCUGUCCGUCAGGGCCGCCCAGUCAGGGGACUCUCUUCCAGGUCAUGGGAGCUGCCCGUCAGGGCCGCCCAGUCAGGGGACUCAGAACAGUCCUGCAAGCUUCUGUAGCUUCAGGAGUCCAGCUGUUCAUCUCCACCUUUUUAGUCUUCUCUCGCUGCAAACGCGGUUUGUAGACUGGGAUGAGCUGAACCAUGUUAUGAUCCGAACCCCCAACAUUGGGUAGUGCCUUGGAAAAAUACCCCACUGGGAUGUUACCAUAACAGAGGUCCAGACGGGUAGGACAUGUAACAUAUUGCUUAUAUGAUGGUAAAUGUUCAGAUAGAUUACACAUGUUAAAGUCAGAUCAGCUUUUCUGCUUCAGGUGACUCUGUCUCAGCCUAGGAUACAAGGUCAUGGAUCAAGUCAGCAGCUAUUGCUUCAGGUGACUCUGUGUCAGCCUGGGAUACAAGGUCAUGGAUCAAGUCAGCAGCUAUUGCUUCAGGUGACUCUGUGUCAGCCUGGGAUACAAGGUCAUGGAUCAAGUCGGCAGCUAUUGCUUCAGGUGACUCUGUCUCAGCCUGGGAUACAAGGUCAUGAAUCAAGUCGGCAGUUAUAUGGGUAUCAGCGGAGGGGGCUAUGUAAACAAUAAAUAGUAGGACCUGAUUUAUUUCCAGUGGCAGGUAGUAUGGCCGUAGGUUAAGAGCAAGGAGUUCAAUGUCUUUAGUACAGCCCUGGUGCUUAGUUGUAAUAUGGGCAGGAUUGCAAUAUUUCUCGUUGAUGAAUGCACAAACUCCACCACCUUUUCUCUUACCAGAGUUGAUGUUUUGGUCCAUUCUAACGAUUGUGUAGCUCCACAACGGAGUCGGGAUCCUGUUCCGUAAUCCAGGUCUCAGAUAGACAGAUCAGGCAGGAUUGAAAUUGAAAUUCCACAAAUUAACUUUUAAGAAGGCACACCUGUUAAUUGAAAUGCAUUCUAGGUGACUACCACAUGAAGCUGGUUGAGAGAAUGCCAAGAGUGUGCAAAGCUGUCAUCAAGGCAAAGGGUUGCUAUUUGAAGAUUCUCAAAUAUAAAUAUACUUUGAUUUGUUUAACACUUUUUUGUUUACUACAUGAUUCCAUAUGUGUUAUUUCAUAGUUUUGAUGUCUUCACUAUUAUUCUACAAUGUAAAACAUAGUAAAAAUUAAAGAAAAACCCUUGAAUGAGUAGGUGUUUCCAAACUCUUGACUGGUAGUGUACAUGUAGUAUUAGUAGUAGUACAACUACUAAUGGUGACUUUGGUAGAUGGGUAUAAUGCGGUAAUAAUGGGUUAGUUUAUAGUGAAUGCCACCGUAACAACCCUGUCUGUGUAUCCCUGUAUCUGUGACCCUGUCCCGGUGUCCCUACCCCAGGUCAUGAUACCAUCGUCACUCUGCUCAAACACUACAAGCGUCCCCUGGACGACUCCCCCUGUAAUGAGUACUCUCAGCCUGGCGGAGGUGAGUGGGAGAGGUGGGGGUCACUGGUGCACUUUGACCUCAAGGCCCUAGCAUCUAGGGCCAUCUCAUAGGGUGAAUCUCAAUUGUAUUUGCUUGAUUCCUUGUGUUCUCUCUACUUACUGCCUUCUCAAAACACAUUGGGGGAGAAGGUGAGAGGGGAGAUACCUCAGAUUUUCUCCAAUACGUUUUAAGGAGCCAAGGAGAGAGGAUGUAAGAAAUUAAGCAAAGACAAUUGAGAGAACUAAUAUUCUAUUUUUGAUGCUAUACUGUAUGUCUUUGCUAUGUAAUAUACUGUACAUCUAAUGCUAUAUGUCUUUAGGAGAGGCCAACCAAGGAGAGGAUGUUGACUAUUAACAUUAGUAAUGUUCAAAGAUAACACCUCACCAAGAUGAUUGAAUACAACACAAGUAAAUGUUAAAUAAUAGGCCUACAAAGGAGAGAAUGUUGAUUAUUAACAUGUGUAAUGUUCAAAGUGCAAGAUAACACCUCACCAAGAUUGCUGAAUACAAACAACACUGUAUAUGUGAUUUUCUAAAAAGGAAUAAAGAUUGAGCAGAAACAUGGGGCAUUUCCUUCAUCCUGUUUAUCUUGUCACUACUCUUUCAGAUGGGUCCUACGUGUCUGUGCCGUCUCCCCUGGGCAAGAUCAAAAGCAUGACUAAAGGUACUGGAGUGAAGCGAAGUACAUGACACGCAUCAUCCAAGCAGCACUUCACAUCACUGUCAUACUGACGCUGGUUACUGUUGCUAUGGGACUUAUUAGUGUGUGUCUCCUAUAUAUGAUGAUAUGGUAAUCGACAAUAGCAAACAACAGGCCAAUGUAAAAGAAACUACAACAAAAAAAGAGCGAGAAAAAACUCACUGGUUACUGUUGCUAUGUGACUCAGGUAGGGCUGACCCCAUUUAGUCGACUGGUCGAUUGUUUGGUCGAUAAGCUGUUGGUCGACCGAGAUUUCUUUAGUCCAGCAGUAGCCAAAAAAUAAGUAAUCAUGGUGUAUAAGACACCUGUCUGAUUGGCGCCUGUCUGAGUGGACUGAUCUAUUGUGGAGGCCUUUGGGAUGGCACAGUCCAUCAGUCUAAGACGUGUGCUACUGUAACCGGUGUGAAAUGGCUAGCUAGUUAGCGGUGCGCUAGUAGCGUUUCAGUCGGUGACGUCACUCGCUCUGAGACCUUAAAGUAGUUGUUUCCCUUGCUCUGAAAGGGCCGCGGCUUUUGUGGAGCGAUGGGUAAUGAUGCUUCGAGGGUGACUGUUGUCGAUGUGUGCAGAGGGUCCCUGGUUCAAGCCCAGGUUGGGCCGAGGAGAGGGACAGAAGCAACACUGUUACACUACUGAAAUUGUAUAUGGUUAUAUUACAUAAGAACAAUGACUCAAAACUAAUACAAAUAAUAUUAUUUUAUAACAAAUGCGCUUUCUCCCUCGUUGGAUAGUGGUCGCUGUCCGCGGUUCAGAAACACAUCAAUGCGCUGUUUAAUUGGCGCCUUUUCCUAGACCAUGUUGCUAUGUGCAUAAUAGCAAAGUUAACCAGCAUAUUGGUGUUGAGAACAAUGUGGCGGAGGCAGCAGCAGAAUGAGGAGAUGAGAAAACAGCCCUCGCCUUAUUGUCUAAGAAAAGUGAGGAGAGAGGAAACCCCAACUUAAUUAGGUCUAUAUUCAACAGCCUAACUGUUAAAUGUGCCUGGUUUAUAAACCAUCAAUAUAUCUACAGAAAUAAUACAGAUCCUGCUUCUGUUGCCUGUUUGAGUUUAAUAGCCUACUGAUUCCGUGAGCACCAAGCCUCAUGCAACGACAUGUCAACUAAACAAUUCCACAAAUUCGGCUGUUUUUAAUCUUUGCUUUGCUGUAAUAAAGGCUUCAUACUUUUUUUUGAUAGAACAGCCUGUCUGGUAUUAUUUAUAAUUUAUUUACUGUUGUUUAAACUGUUCCAAAUUGUCAGAAUAAUUAUAUAUAUAAUAAUAAUAACCCUCCUUUUACUUGAUCUCCUUCUUAUUGUUAUUAAUAAUAUUAUGAUCAUCAUUAUAAUAAUAAGAGAUGUCGUUAUCAUUAGUAGGCUUAGUAUAGCAGCCUUGUAGAACCAACAUUGAGCUGUAGGCCUAAGAGCACAUCCUGUUUAGUCUUAAUACCGUAUAACUUACUUAGGCCACAGCAUACCAGUCAUUCCUGAUUUGAAAUGCAAUCAAGCAUUUUAGUUUUCAUAUAAAAUAAAGCGAGCUUUGAAUAAUUCGCUUAAACAAUAAAUAAAACGUUCCAAUUCGGAAAUGGCAUUCACGAAUGAAUGCCUGUUUUUAGUCUUUGCUGUAAUAAAGGCUUUAAAAAAAAAACGUUACAACAGACUCUCUGGACGCUUAUAAUUUAUUGAGUGUUUACAUUGUUCCAAAUGGUCAGGAAAAUUAUAUUGUAUAAAGCACCUGUUUGGUGCACAUAAUAUGACGCAGUGCUUGCUCCAUACCUUAUUUUUCUUGAUCGCCAGUAUUUUCCACAACUAGUAAAAAUGUAUUCUACACAUCUGUCUUCCCCUUUACCUCCUGCGCAACCAGUAAACAUUCCCCAUUUCCAGUUUAUUUGUCAGGUCAUCUGCAUCCAUUUUGCUGUCACAUGGGUUACAGUGUUCAGAGUUUGUUAUACCGUUUUAUGUGAUUAUGAUAUGCUAUAGGUCAAACCCUAUUGUGCCCUAUUCGGACUUGAUUAGUUUUACUAGGGGAGGUUGGGCAAUGUAAUUAUGUGCAUGAGCACAAAACACCACAUCUGUAAUUUUGGUCCCAUACCAAUCUGCCAUGUCAGUAAUUUGUACAUGCAGGUGAGUAACAAUUCCAGCCAGAAUAACCUACUGCUUUUUUUGCGAACUCCAAGGUCCUCUGAUAAUACUAGUCCCGUGCGAAUCGACAUCCUUGUGUUUUGAAAGAAAGGUCUGAGUUUGACAGGUGUUGCUCGCGGUUUGCGCAAGAAAACAAUAACUGAUUGGAUAAAUUGAACUAAGUGCUGCGUAUAAACUAUAUAUGAACGGCCUACAUGUAGCCUAGCAACUUUCCCAGUGAAUGCUUUUGUUUAUAUGUUUUGUGCGUAUGAUUAUAAUAUUGGCAAACGCAUCCGUAAAAAACAAUUCUUGAGCCUAUUUAAUGCAACCCUUGCUGUUAAUAGAUCGCAAAAGCAGCAUACAACUGACCUAAACGUUUGAAAUUAUACAUUCAUUUUCUCAUCCAAAGCCUUAAAACGCAUCUCAAGUGAAAUUGCUCACAUCUGAAGGCUGGGGGGCAUUUAGGAUGUACUGUUGAUCGCUAAAAUAGCCUAAUGAUUAUGAUCACACUUCCUCAAUUCAAAUAUUAUGGCGAUAAUAUACCAAAGAUGGUUUGGUAUGGUUUAGAAACUUGGGAACCAAGCUUGAGUUAUCAGUGUGUCCCUAUCACCUGGACAUGUUGAAAUACUGUAUCUUCAUACCUAGAAUUUAAACAUCCAGGCUUCCGUCAUAACUGUCAAUGUAUUUAUUUUUAAAAAUACAAAUUACAGGGGAAAAAACUAAUGCCGUCCGAAUCUUACUCUGGAAUAGCGGACAUUCUGAAGUAAUAAUUAGAUAACCGAUGUUCUCUAAUAAUACUAGUCCUGUGAGAAUAGGUCUUUGGUCACGUGCAUGCGAUGCAUACAUGUGUGACGUAAAGCGGUUGAGGGAAUAUGGAAUGUUUUUCCUAAGCAAACGAGGGAGUUUGGUAACAGAACUUUUCGGUCAGAAAUUAUGUAUUUACAGUGCAUUCGGAAAGUAUUCAGACCCCUUGACAAUUUCCACAUUUUGUUACAUUACAGCCUUAUUCUAAUAUGGAUAAAAUCGUUUUUUCCGCCUCAUCAAUCAACACACAAUACCCCAUAAUGACAAAGCAAAACAGUUUUUUAGAUUUUUUUGCAAAUAUAUUACAAAUAAAUAACUGAAAUAUAACAUUUACAUACAGUACCAGUCAAAAGUCUGAACACACCUACUCAUUCAAGGGCUUUUCUUUAUUUGUACUAUUUUCUACAUAGUAGAAUAUAUGGAAUUAUGUAGUAACCAAAAAAGUGUUACACAAAUCAAAAUAUAUUUUAUAUUUUAGUAGCCACCCUUUGCCUUGAUGACAGCUUUGCACACUCUUGGCAUUCUCUCAACCAGCUUCAUGAGGUAGUCACCUGGAAUGCAUUUCAAUUAACAGGUGUGCCUUCUUAAAAGUUAAUUUGUGGAAUUUCUUUCCUUCUUAAUGCGUUUGAGCCAAUCAGUUGUGUUGUGACAAGGUAGGGGUGGUAUACAGAAGAUAGCCCUAUUUGGUAAAAGACCAAGUCCAUAUUGUGGCAAGAACAGCUCACAUAAGCAAAGAGAAACGACAGUCCAUCAUUACUUUAAGACAUGAAGGUCAGUCUAUCAGGAACAUUUCAAGAACUUUGAAAGUUUAUUCAAGUGUAGUCGCAAAAACCAUCAAGCGCUAUGAUGAAACUGGCUCUUAUGAGGACCGCCACAAGAAAGGAAGACCCAGAGUUACCUCUGCUGCAGAGGAUAAGUUCAUUAGAGUUAACUGCAUCUCAGAUUGCAGCCCACAUAUAUGCUUCACAGAGUUCAAGUAACAGACACAUCUCACCUCAAGCAUUCAUGGUCGAAUUGCUGCAAAGAAACCACUACUAAAGGACACCAAUAAGAAGAAGAGACUUGCUUGGGCCAAGAAACACGAGCAAUGGGUAUUAGACCAGUGGAAAUCUGUCCUUUGGUCUGAUGAGUCCAAAUUUGAGAUUUUUGGUUCAAACCGCCGUGUCUUUGUGAGACGCAGAGUAGGUAAACGGAUUAUCUCCAAACGUGUAGUUCCCACCGUGAAGCAUGGAGGAGGAGGUGUGAUGGUGUGGGGGUGCUUUGCUGGUGGUAUUUAGAAUUCAAGGCACACUUAACCAGCAUGGCUACCACAGAAUUAUUUAGCGAUACGCCAUCCCAUCUGGUUUGUGCUUAGUGGGACUAACAUUUGUUUUUCAACAAGACAAUGACCCAACACACCUCGAGGCUGUGUAAGGGCUAUUUGACCAAGAAGGAGAGUGAUGGAAUGCUGCAUCAGAUGACCUGGCCUCCACAAUCACCAGACCUCAACCCAAUAGAGAUGGUUUGGGAAGAGUUGGACCGCAGAGUAAAGGAAAAGCAGCCAACAAGUGCUCAGCAUAUGUGGGAACUCCUUCAAGACUGUUGGAAAAGCAUUCCAGGUGAAGCUGGUUGAGAGAAUGCCAAGAGUGUGCAAAGCUGUCAUCAAGGCAAAGGGUGGCUACUUUGAAGAAUCUCAAAUAUAACAUAUAUGUUGAUUUGUUUAACACUUUUUUGGUUACUACAUGAUUCCAAAUGUGUUACUUCAUAGUUUUGAUGUCUUCACUAUUAUUCUACAAUGUAGAAAAUAGCAAAAAUAAAGAAAAACCCUUGAAUGAGUAGGUGUGUCGAAACCUUUGACGGGUACUGUAAGUAUUCAGACCCUUUACUCAGUACUUUGUUGAAGCACCUUUGUCAUCGAUUACAGCCUAGAGUCUUCUUGGGUAUGAUGCUAUAAACUUUGUACACCUGUAUUUGGGGAGUUUCUCCCAUUCUUCUCUGCAGAUCCUCUCAAGCUCUGUCAGGUAGUAUUGGGAGCGUCGCUGCACAGCUAUUUUCAGGUCUCUCCAGAGAUGUUCGAUCGGGUUCAAGUCCGGGCUCUGGCUGGGACACUCAAGGACAUUUAGAGACUUGUCCCGAAGCCUCUCCUGCGUUGUCUUGGCUGUGUGCUUAGGGUCGUUGUCCUGUUGGCAGGUUACCUUCGCCCCAGUCUGAGGUCGUGAGCGCUCUGGGGCAGAUUUUCAUCAAGGAUCUCCCUGUACUUUGCUCCGUUCAUCUUUCCCUCGAUCCUGACUAGUCUCCCAGUCCCUGCCGCUGAAAAACAUCCCCACAGCAUGAUGCUGCCACCACCAUAUGGAAAUAUACACGUUUAAACAUUUUGACCAAUUAAUUGGUCGAACGAACAGACGACUCUUGGUCGACCAACAUUUAUUUUUGUCGGGGACAGCCCUGGACUCGGUGUGUCUUUUAAUUAUGAUCUGGUAAUCAAUAUAGUAAACACCAGGCUAAUGAUAAUCUGCGGACUGACUGAUGGUCAAUUAUAUAUUUUCCUAGUUUAGCCUACCUGAUAUCUGUUUGUUUUUGACACAUUUCUUGAUCAUUGAUCACUUGAUUCAAAAUAAGACUCAAAUGACCUUGAACAUUUUAUUAUCUCUCUUUAGAAAAGGCAGAUGUUCUUCUCCUCCGGGCCAGCCUCCACUCAAGCUUCCAACUGCAGCUCUCUGACCUGGAGUUCAAUGAGAUCAUUGGUUCAGGUAUUACGGACAGAUUCAACCCUAUACUGUUUUCCUUAACAACAUGCUUUUUGCACAUACAGACUAUAUUGAAUAGUAUAAUAUAUUUUCUACCCACAGGCUCCUUUGGAAAGGUCUAUAGAGGCAAGUGUAAGAACCAGGUCGUUGCCAUCAAAAGGUAGGUAAGUCUAAGGAUUAACAUCUCUAACAUUGGUUAGCAUUGCUCUUGGCUCGCAAAAUGAAUGUAAAUACAAAGGACUAAAAUACAACAUAAAAUGCUAAAAUACAAAUGACUUAAAUACGAACUACUAAAAUAUUAAAUACAAUUCUGAGACACAAAUGAAUGAAAUAGGAACUAACUUUAAUUCUCCUCUCUAUAGGUAUCGGGCCAACACGUACUGCUCCAAGUCAGACGUGGACAUGUUCUGCAGGGAGGUGUCCAUCCUGUGUCGUCUCAACCACCCCUGUGUCAUCCAGUUUGUGGGGGCGUGUCUGGACGACCCCAGCCAGUUCGCCAUCGCCACCCAAUAUGUCUCUGGGGGCUCCCUGUUCUCCCUGCUGCACGAGCAGAAGAGGUGAGGCCCUGAGCAGAUCUCAGACCUGUCAAUGGACUGCACUGUUACUGUCUUUAUAGCAUUUACAUUUACAUUUACAUUUACGUCAUUUAGCAGACGCUCUUAUCCAGAGCGACUUACAAAUUGGUGCAUUCACCUUAUAGCCAGUGGGAUAACCACUUCAGCAGUGGGGGGGGUAGAAGGAUUACUUUAUCCUAUCCCAAGGUUCAGAUUGAGGUGGUGAUCUGUCAUCCACACUGAUAUGUCUGCCAGACAUGCAGAGAUGCGAUUCACCACCUGGUUAUCAGAAGGGGGAAAGGAGAAUAUUAGUUGUGUGUCGUCUGAAUAGCAAUGAUAGGAGAGGCCAUGUGAGGAUAUGACAGAGCCAAGUGACUUGGUGUAUAGCGAGAAUAGGAGAGGGCCUAGAACUGAGCCCUGGGGGACACCAGUGGUGAGAGCACGUGGUGCGGAGACAGCUUCUCGCCACGCCACUUGGUAGGAGCGACCGGUCAGGUAGGACGCAAUCCAAGAGUGAGCCGCGCCGGAGAUGCCCAGCUUGGAGAGGGUGGAGAGGAGGAUCUGAUGGUUCACAGUAUGAAAGGCAGCAGACAGGUCUAGAAGGACAAGAGCAGAGGAGAGAGAGUUAGCUUUAGCAGUGCGGAGAGCCUCCGUGACACAGAGAAGAGCAGUCUCAGUUGAAUGACCAGUCUUGAAACCUGACUGGUUUGGAUCAAGAAGGUCAUUCUGAGAGAGAUAGCAAGAGAGUUAGCUAAAGACGGCACGCUCAAGAGUUUUGGAGAGAAAAGAAAGAAGGGAUAUUGGUCUGUAGUUGUUGACAUCAGAGGGAUUGAGUGUUGGUUUUUUGAGAAGGGGUGCAACUCUCGCUCUCUUGAAGACGGAAGGGACAUAGCCAGCGGUCAAGGAUGAGUUGAUGAGCGAGGUGAGGUAAGGGAGAAGGUUACCGGAGAUGGUCUGGAGAAGAGAGGAGGGGAUAGGGUCAAGCGGGCAGGUUGUUGGGCGGCCGGCCGUCACAAGUCGCAAGAUUUUAUCUGGAGAGAGAGGGGAGAAAUAAGUCAAAGCAUAGGGUAGGGCAGUGUGAGCAGGACCAGCAGUGUCAUUUGACUUAACAAACGAGGAUCGGAUGUCGUCAACCUUCUUUUCAAAAUAGUUGACGAAGUCAUCCACAGAGAGGGAGGAGGGGGGAGGGGGAGGAGGAUUCAGCAGGGAGGAGAAGGUGGCAAAGAGUUGCCUAGGGUUAGAGGCAGAUGCUUGGAAUUUAGAGUACUAGAAAGUGGCUCUAGCAGCAGAAACAGAUGAAGAAAAUGUAGAGAGGAGGGAGUGAAAAGAUGCCAGGUCCGCAGGGAGUCUAGUUUUCCUCCAUUUCCGCUCGGCUGCCCGGAGCCCUGUUCUGUUAGCUCGCAAUGAGUCAUCAAGCCACGAAGCUGGAGGGGAGGACCGAGCCGGCCGGGAGGAUAGGGGACAUAGAGAGUCAAAGGAUGCAGAAAGGGAGGAGAGGAGGGUUGAGGAGGCAGAAUCAGGAGAUUGGAGGUAGAAGGAUUGAGCAGAGGGAAGAGAUGAUAGGAUGGAAGAGGAGAGAGUAGCGGGAGAGAGAGAGCGAAGGUUGCGACGGCGCAUUACCAUCUGAGUAGGGGCAGAGUGAGUAGUGUUGGAGGAGAGCGAGAGAGAAAAGGAUACAAAGUAGUGGUCGGAGACAUGGAGGGGAGUUGCAGUGAGAUUAGUAGAAGAACAGCAUCUAGUAAAGAUGAGGUCAAGCGUAUUGCCUGCCUUGUGAGUAGGGGGGGACGGUGAGAGGGUGCGAUCAAAAGAGGAGAGGAGUGGAAAGAAGGAGGCAGAGAGAAAUGAGUCAAAGGUAGACGUAGGGAGGUUGAAGUCCCCGAGAACUGUGAGGGGUGAGCCAUCCUCAGGAAAGGAACUUGUCAAGCUCAUUGAUGAACUCGCCAAGGGAACCUGGAGGGCGAUAAAUGACAAGGAUGUUAAGCUUAAAUGGGCUAGUGACUGUGACAGCAUGGAAUUCAAAUGAGGAGAUAGACAGAUGGGUCAGGGGAAAAAUAGAGAAUGUCCACUUGGGAGAGAUGAGGAUUCCUGUGCCACCACCCCGCUGACCAGAUGGCGGCAGGUAGCUUAGUGGUUAAGAGCGUUGUGCCAGUAACCGAAAGGUCGCUGGUUCUAAUCCCCGAGCCGACUAGGUGAAAAAUCAGUCGAUGUGCCCUUGAGCAAGGCACUUAACCCUAAUUGCUCCUGUAAGUCGCUCUGGAUAAGAGCGUCUGCUAAAUUACUAAAAUGUAAAUGUAAUGCUCUCGGGGUAUGCGAGAACACAUGGUCAGACGAGGAGAGAGCAGUAAGAGUAGCAGUGUUUUCAGUGGUAAUCCAUGUUUCUGUCAGCGCCAAGAAGUCGAGGGACUGGAGGGUAGCAUAGGCUGAGAUGAACUCUGCCUUGUUGGCAGUAGAACGGCAGUUCCAGAGGCUGCCUGAGACCUGGAACUCCACAUGGGUGGUGCGUGCAGGGACCACCAGGUUAGAGAGGCAGCAGCCACGCGGUGUGAGGCGUUUGUAUAGCCUGUGCGGAGAGGAGAGAACAGGGAUAGACAGAGGUAUAGUUGACAGGCUACAGAAAAUGGCUACAAUAAUGCAAAGGAGAUCGGAAUGAAAUGAACUAAACAUCUGGGAAAGGAGAGAGCGGGGCCUCCCUCACCACAACACCCAAAUAUAACUCUCCCAACUUCCACCUCAGAACUAUAAUUGUUGUAAACUACAGCGGUUCAAUGUUUUCUAGGAAUAGACUAACUUAGUUUAUUCAGCUAGCUAACUUGGUACAGUAUUCUUCCGUGAAAAUCGUCCAGGGCACCUAGUCAUAAGACGCCACAGCCAGCUAGCAUGUCGGACUCCAACAACACGGUUUAGCACCAAUACUCGGCCACAACAAACCACCAGUGUGUCAACACGCCAAGCAGAUCAUUCGUGUCCGUGUCUAACGUUGUGGGUUAGUCCCGACAGCUUGAGCGAGUCCGUCGUCAACUUAUUCAGCCAGUUAGUUAGCUAGAAUAGUUAGCAUACUAUAUAGCGUUCCUGUUCCUGGCCAUUGACACAUAUAGCGCUGUCAAUGGCCAGGAACAGAAGAGGUGGUUCUGAACUGAUCUUAGACCUGUCAAUGGACCACUGUACUUUUACUCUGUCUAAACAUAUACAGUGCAUUCGGAAAGUAUUCAGACCCAUUUACUUUUUCCACAUUUUGUUACUUUACAGCCUUAUUCUAAAAUGGAUUAAAUUGUUUUUUCCCCUCAUUAAUCUACACACAAUACCCCAUGAUGACAAAGCAUAAACAGGUUUUUAGAAAUGUUUGCUAAUUUUCAGACCCUUUACUCCGUACUUUUUUGAAGCACCUUUGGCAGCGAUUACAGCCUAGAGUCUUCUUGGGUAUGACGCUACAAGCUUGGCACACCUGUAUUUGGGGAGUUUCCCCCAUUCUUCUCUGCAGAUCCUCUCAAGCUCUGUCAGGUUGGAUGGGGAGCAUCACUGCACAGCUACUUUCAGGUCUCUCCAGAGAUGUUCAAUCAGGUUCAAAUCCGGGCUCUGGCUGGGCCACUCAAGGACAUUCAGAGACUUGUCCCGAAGCCACUCCUGCGUUGUCUUGGCUGUGUACUUAGGGUUGUUGUCCUGUUGGAAGGUGAACCUUCGCCCCAGUCUGAGGUCCUGAGCUCUCUCUGGAGCAGGUUUUCAUCAAGGAUCUCUCUGUACUUUGCUCUGUUCAUCUUUCCCUUGAUCCUGACUAGUCUCCCAGUCCCUGCCGCUGAAAAACAUCCCCAUAACAUGAUGCUGCCACCACCAUGCUUCACCGUAGGGAUGGUGCCAGGUUUCCUCCAGAUGUGACGCUUGGCAUUCAGGCCAAAGAGUUCAAUCUUGGUUUCAUCAGAUCAGAGAAUCUUGUUUCUCAUGGUCAGAGUUCUUUAGGUGCCUUUUGGCAAACUCCCAAGCGGGCUGUCAUGUGCCUUUUACUGAGGAGUAGCUUCCGUCUGGCCACUCUACCAUAAAGACCUGAUUGGUGGAGUGCUGCAGAGAUGGUUGUCCUUCUGGAAGGUUCUCCUAUCUCCACAGAGAAACUCUGGAGCUCUGUCAGAGUGACCAUCGGGUUCUUGGUCACCUCCCUGACCAAGGCCCUUCUCCCCCGAUUGCUCAGUUUAGCCAGGUGGCCAGCUCUAGGAAGAGUCUUGGUGGUUCCAAACUUCUUCCAUUUAAGAAUGAUGGAGGCCACUGUGUUCUUGGGGACCUUCAAUGCUGCAGAAAUGUUUUGGUAUCCUUCCCCAGAUCUGUGCCUCGACACAAUCCUGUCUCUGCACUCUACGGACAAUUCCUUCGACCUCAUGGUUUGGUUUUUUGCUCUAACAUGCACUGUCAACUGUGAGACCUUAUAUAGACAGGUGUGUACCUUUCCAAAUCAGGUCCAAUCAAUUGAAUUUACCACAGUUGGACUCCAAUCACGUUGUAGAAACAUCUCAAGGAUGAUCAAUGGGAACAGGAUGCAUCUGAGCUCAAUUUCGAGUUUCAUAGCAAAGGGUCUGAAUACUUAUGUAAAUAAGGUAUUUCUGUUUUUCAUUUGUAAUACAUUUGCUAAAAUUUCUAAAAACCUGUUUUUGCUUUGUCAUUAUGGGGUAUUGUGUGUAGAUUGAUGAGGGGGGAAAACAAUUUAAUCCAUUUUAGAAUAAGGCUGUAACGUAACAAAAUGUGGGAAAGGUCAAGGGGUCUGAAUACUUUCCGAAUGCACUGUAGCUGUCAAUGGGCCACACAUUAGUCAAUACUCGUGCAUCUCCACAACAUAUAAAUUAACAAAGAACCUAGUAAUGGACCAUGGUAACACUUUAUUAUAAGGUACACAUAUUAGCUACUCAUUUGUAGUUUAUAAGUGUGUAUACAAGUAGUUAAUAGGGCUUAAUUAUGCCAUGUUAGACAUUUGUUAGGCAUUCAUUAAAGGUUUUCUUGUUCAAUUAUUAUAAGUCAUGUGUUACUGGCCAAUCCUCAAUAACAUCAUUGUUAACAAUAAACGAAUAUAAUAUUUAAUAAAGAGCAAGUUACACAAGAAACAUACUUUUCCUCCUCUAAGAGGGAGUUUUAUUCAAGGUAAAAACGGCAACAACAACAAGAACAAAAUAUCAAACAAGAACAAUUUAUUUGUAAAUGUUGAAUGAAAAAAUGACCUAAAGGAAAGGAAAAGCUGUUGCAGUAAAAGGAACAUAGAACAGAACACCAUGGAAAAAAGAAACAUUUUCUCUUCUGUAAAAUACUUCUGUUGUGAUACAGUUAGUUACGUAGGAGGAAGUAAUAAUCUUGUUGAUAAGUCAUUAUAAUAAUACAAAUAAUAAUUAGGUGGGUGCUUACAUUUGUCCUGUUUCACAUACUGUAUGUACAAGUGUGUAUUAUACAGUGUCUUCAGAAAGUAUUCACACCCCUUGAAUUUUUCUACAUUUUGUUGUGUUACAGCCUGAAUUUAAAAUAGAUUAAAUUGAGUUUUUUUGUCACUGGCCUACACGCAAUAUCCUAUAAUGUCAAAGUGGAAUAAUGGUUUUAUUUAUUUAUUGUAUUUUUAUCUCAUCGCUGCAACUCCCCAAUGGGCGUAAAGCCCCCCUGGCCAAACCCUCCCCUAACCCAGACGAUGCUGGGCCAAUUGUGCGCCGUCCUAUGGGACUCCCGAUCACGGCCGGUUGUGAUACAGCCCGGGAUCGAACCCAGGUCUGUAGUGACGUCUCUAGCACCACUCGGGAGGCCCAAAAUUGAAUUAUGUUUGUAGAAUAUUUUUUUAAUAAAUAAAAAAUGUAAAGCUGAAAUGUCUUGAGUCAAUAAGUAUUCAACCCCUUUGUUAUGGAAAGCUUAAAUAAGUUCAGGAGUAAAAAUGUGCUUAACAAGUCCCAUAAUAAGUUGUAUGAACUAACUCUGUGUGCAAUAAUAAUGUUUAACAUGAUUUCUGAAUGACUACCUCAUCUCUGUACCCAACCAAACCAUUAUCUGUAAGGUCCCUCAAUCGAGCAGUGAAUUUCAAACACAGAUUCAACCACAAAGACCAGAGAGGUUUUCCAAUGCCUCGAAAAGAAUGGCACCUAUUGGUAGAUGGGUAAAAAUACAAAAGCAGACAUUGAAUAUCCCUUUGAGCAUGGUGAAGUUAUUAAUUACACUUUGGAUGGUGUGUCAAUACACCCAGUCACUACAAAGAUACAGGCGUCCUUCCUAACUCAGUUGCCAGAGAGGAAGGAAACCGCUCAGGGAUUUCACCAUGAGGCCAAUGGUGACUUUAAAACAGUUAGAGUUUAAAGGCUGUGAUAAGAGAAAACAACAUCGUAGUUACUCCACAAUACUAACCUAAUUGACAGAGUGAAAAUAAGGAAGCCUGUACAGAAUACAAAUAUUCCAAAACAUGCAUCCUGUUUGCAACAAGGCACUAAAGUAAUACUGCAAAAAAUGUGGCAAAGCAAUUAACAUUUUGUCCUGAAUACAUUUACAUUUUAGUCAUUUAGCAGACGCUCUUAUCCAGAGCAAUUAGGGUUAAGUGCCUUGCGCAAGGGCACAUCGACAGAUUUUUCACCUAGUCGGCUCGGGGAUUAGAACCAGCGACCUUUCGAUUACUGGCACAACGCUCUUAACCACUAAGCUACCUGCCGCCCAAUACCAAGUGUUAUGUUUGGGGCAAAUCCAAUACAACACAUUACUGAGUACUACUCUCCAUAUUUUGAAGCAUAGUGGUGGCUGCAUCAUGUUAAGGGUAUGCUUGUGAUCAUUAAGGACUGGGGGGGGGGGGAAAAAGAAACGGAAUGGAGUUAAGUACAGGCAAAAUCCUAGAGGAAAACCUGGUUCAGUCUGCUUUCCACCUGACACUGGGAGAUGAAUUCACAUUUCAGCAGGACAAUAACCUAAAACACAAGGUCAAAUCUACAAUGGAGUUGCUUACCAAGAAGACAGUGAAUGUUCCUGAGUUGCCGACUUACAGUUUUGACUUAAAUCAACUUGAAAAUAUAUGGCACGACCUGAAAAUUGUUGUCUAGCAUGAUCAACAACCAAUUUGAAUAAUUGUUAAUAGAAUAAUGGGCAAAUGUUGCUCAAUCCAGGUGUAGAAAGCUCUUAGUGCCUUACACAGAAAGACUCACAGCUGUAAUCGCUGCCAAAGGUGCUUCUACAAAGUAUUGACUCAGGGGUGUGAAUACUUAAGUAAAUUAGAUAUUUCUGUAUUUCAUUUUCAGUAAAUUUGCAAACAUUUCUAAAAACAUGUUUUCACUUUGUUAUUAUGGGAUAUUGUGUCUAUAUGGGUGCGAAAAAAAACAAUUGAAUAAAUUUGUAAUUCAGGCUGUAACACAACAAAAUGUGGAAUAAGUCAAGGGGUAUUAAUACUUUCUGAAGGCACUGUGCGCAUGUGAAUUGGAAAUUAGUUUUUUGCAUAUCCCACUCCCCCUGAGACACCCUCGGAGGGUGGGUUUCACAGCCAGGAAUCAGCCAUUAUUGACAGUGACUCCUCCAGGAAGACCAGGAUGAGGUUAUCCCUGUGGUCCACCAGCAGACACAGGGUGGCCAGCCGCAGCUCCAGGGAGCACCAGUUACUGCGCAGGUAGUGAUGACUCCCCACACACAUGGUGUGGCGGCUGCCGUAGAGGCUGUCUAUGAUGUUGUCCACGAUGUCCUUCCCCAGCUGGAAGUCCCUGCUGUGUAGACAGAGAGAAAGGAAGGGAGGCCCCCUCUGCUCCAGGCCCGGCAACAGCUGCUCCACCACCCAGUUCUCGUCUCUCCCGCUGUAAGACACAAAGGCAUCGAAGCGGUGAUGACCCCUGGGGUUGGGCCUCCGCACGGCCUCUUCCAGCCAGCCACGUGUGAUGUGGGUGGCAGAAGGCCAGUAGGUAGUCCCCGGCCAGCUGAUGGAGCAGCACAGCCAGCAUGAAGAGGAGCAGGCCCAGGGAGGUGCAGAGGAACAGGACAAAGCCCAUGUCCAGGGAACAGUCUUCAUUUUUGCAUGUCAACUCCAACUCCCCCUUUAGCCAAAAAAAUACCUGGACUUGUCUCUGUCUCCUGGCCCAGUUGUCCAGCCAGGCGUUGUCACAGCUGCAGUGCAGGCGAGGACUGAAUAACUCCAUAUACCUCAGGCUGGUCAGAGGCUCUGGAAAGCUCUCUAACAUGCUAAACUCCUCUCGGGCUUGGACUUGAAUCAAAAUGAGGGAGUGCAGGUCUCUGCUCAGCUCCUCCUCCAGAGGGAGGAUCCUACAUUCCAUUAGGCUCAGGCUCUCCAGCCUGGUUAGGUUGUGGAACAUGAUGCCCAGCGCUGGCUGCACGAUGAGGUCCACUCCUGUCAGCUUCAGAUGCCUCAGCUGCACAAGCCUGUUCAGGUUAGUCAUGUCCACAGUUGGUUCUCUCACAAAGUCUGGUGAGAGAACCAACUCAAACUCAAACUCCUGCGGAGAGAGGAAGUACUUUGCGACGAAGUGAGACCCACACAGAAGAUGUCCUGUUACAGCCCUGAGGUUGACAACAGACUGGAAGAAUGGUCUCCAGCAGUCCUGGAAGAUCACAUUCAAUGGAGUGAAGAGCUGCAGGGUGAAGCCUGGUUUUGGGGUGCUGUCGCUGCCGACGGUGAUGUUGAGAGGACACCAGGAGCUUAUAUUCAUGUGAGUCAGCGCUUGAGGGAAGACUCAACCGAAUAUGUGCGUCAGAUUCACACUCACAUGUUUCUCCCACUGGCUGGAUGGAUGGUGAAUGUACCCUAAAUCUAAAUUUGUCAACGAAGUGAGGUGGAUGAACGCAAAUGCUGCAAUUUGCAUGAUUGGAUUAUUGAACAGUGUUAAAAUCUCUAAACUUUGCAGGCCAAAGAAACUGUUCUCUGUAAUCUGAGAGAUGUUGUUACUCCCUAGGUUUAGGAACCUCAAUUCACCAAGUCCCUUAAAUGUAAAGUCCACAAUAGUGGUGAUAUAAUUGAAUCUUAAAUCCAGCCAUUUCAGAUUGAUCAAGCAACAGAACUGCUCUGAGGUGAUGUUUGGGAUUUGAAUUUGUUUCAACCAUGUGACAGGACUCUUCUGAGUGUCACAAAGCACAUUUAAAUCAGGGGGCUCAGAGAGGAUAUCAGUGAAAUGAACAGAAACGCUCUUUUCGGUGAGAUUCUUCAAAUCAUGGAUCAAGCUCAGAUUAACACUGGCCUUAACACCAGCAGGAAAGUAGAUGCUAAGCACCUGAACCCCCUGACAGUUUCUCACUGCAGACGCUGAGUAGUUCCCAGUUUCAUGUUUUCAUAUAUCAAGUUUUGUAAUCGAAAGUCUCAAAACUGUUUUACAAACAGACUCAAAGGAAAUGCUUUUCUCAUUGAAAAAAUGUAAUUCAAGCAGUCUCCAAAUUCCAGACUGCAUAAGCUGUGUCUGUAGCUCAUUGGGCAAAGUGAGCAAUGAGAUGUUUUCGAAGCAUCUAAAUGCUCCAUUUUCUAACUGGCGUGCAUUAGGGAAAGAAAAAAUAACUUAUUGAAGACUAUAGAAUUGAGGAAGCUCAAGAACAGCUCCGUUCGUGUCAGAGCAGUUCUGGUGUCUUAAAAUGGCUAUCUCCUCUGACCUAAAGUACAGGUUAGUUAAUGACUGUGACAUAUUGACUAUCCUACAUAACAAAAUCAGACAAUUCCUCUGUGCCGCUGUAGACUGAGAGUUUUUUCAGAAGAGGGAUCCCUCCCAAUGCGUCCGGUGCCAUCACAGAAAGCCUGUAGUUAUCAUUUCCAGUUCCUCCAAGCUAGUCAGGUCAGUAAAUGUGUUGGAUGGAAGUGAUGAAUUGGAAGUGAUGAACUUACUGCAGGACAAAGACAAUUUCUUCACACAGGAGAGCCCCUUGAAGGUGCCAGGGAGAAUGGUCGGCAGACAGCCCUUUAUAGAAAGUGUCAGUAGAGGAUAGAACCUAGAGAGGGCUCCAGACUGCAGGACAGAUCCACUCCUGACGUUGAGCCAGAGGAACUGGUAGUGAGAUGGGAUGAUGGAGAGGUUGAGUUUGAGGUCGCAGAC